GUGGAGUCAUCCUCUCCGACAGAAGAACACAUGAACUGCACAAUUUCCGAUCAGAAGUGCUGCAGGCUGCAGGCUGCUGUCUGGGCACUUGGCCAGUGAUUUCCUGGCCAAGUGCGUUUCUAAUAUGGCCAUUGGCUCGGAGCUGUUCCUGUCCCAAACCACCGCCCGUGAAGGCAGCCGUGGUAACCCCACCCUCCUCUGACUCCCAGUGGGCCAGUUUAAAAUAAAGAGAAAGUGAAAGCAGACGCGGCGUCACGUUGCAUCACCGAUUGCUCAACGCCAAAAGUCCGCCUGCGCUUUAAAAGCCGCGGGACGCACGGGCCUCACACUGUCAUCAAGUCACCCAGCAACAAGUUGGACAUUGACUUUUGCGCCACGCCAGUGACCCGUGUCGCAUCCUCCGCCCUCCUCCUCCUCAUCCCGACCGCGGAGAGGGAUUUGUGCGCGCGCGCGUGUGCGUGCGCCACCUUCAGAAAUGAGUUGUCCGUGUGGUUCAGUUUGCCAACAUGCGGCGCGCAGGAUCCGGGCCGAGUGAGGAUCCAUCCCGCCGGCGGCAGAGCUGCGAUGAGCCCUUCACUCAUGGACACCGGGGACGAAGCCAACAGCCCCGGAUCCCAGUCAGCGGAGGAGGGCAACAGCAACACCGCGGGAUCUGAGAGAGAAGGAGAGGGACAACAGGUGGGGGGCAUGAGGACGACAAGACGGGCGAAGAACAGAGACGCAGCCAGGAAGACCCGCCACAAGCAAACAGAGAGAGCAGACGAGCUCCACGAGGAGCUUCAGCAACUUGAGUGGUCAAACUCUGCCCUUCAGAAGGAGAUCGCCGCAUUGAAGAAAGACCUCCACCGCUAUACAAAAGCUCUGGCACAUCAUGAACCUCAUUGCCGCCUCAGAGGCUCUGCGUCCAGGUCCAGAUCAACAAACCUGCUCUCCUUUUCCACUUCAGUUGAUUUUGACACCAGUUGCAGCCCUCCUAGUGUCGCUCCCCAGGCCUCAAGCUCCAUCCUGGCUUCUCCCCCUUCAGUCUCUCCCUCUGUAACCUCCGGCCUGGAUCUCUCACCUUCAGCUUCUGCUCCGACAGCUCCAACACUAUCUUCGUCUUCCGGCUCGCCUGCGGAACUCGUCAUCGCCUCCUCCUCCAGCCCUCUUCCGUAUUCCGUCCCCGCUCCUCACCCUUUGUUUGGAAAAGAGCCUCCCAUUACCACAAGGCCGACUAAUGUUACGCCUGUCUGCAUGAGCCUCCUUUCAACCUCUAUUACCUCCAGCACUUUCACCACAGCUGAUCAGCCUCAAUCUGGGCAAGACCUCAUCGACGAAACCUCUUUUGUUCCAGCAAAUGCACAUUUCUCUACUCGUAAUCCUCGCACAUUGGCUUUAUUUUUAACAAAGCAAACUUUUCUAACGUCUUCAUCCAUGGUGCCCCCUUACUCCCAUUUGGCAGCUGGAAAUAGAGGAUUAUUACCCCACGGUUGUCCCGUGAACGUGCCUGAGCUUCAUCCAGGUCAGGACAGUGGAAAGUCAAACAAUUCAAACCCGCUGUGUACUCAUUUACCAGCAACUCCUCAAGAUCCCGCUCUUCAGUCCCUAACGGUUUCACCUCAGGCAAACCUGGAGCAAUCUCCCACUUUUGCCUUAAAGCCAGGUGGCAGACAAGAAGUGACAUCCAAUUGUGGCUCCCUGCUGUCCCUCCUCACCGUCCCGAGUCCUCUCAACGUCUCUCAGACUGCCAGCAGCUCCGGUGGAUUCAUAUGUCAUCCUCUGCCCUCAGUGCCCUUGUGGGACGACCCCCCCAUGGACCCUUCCCUCUCUGAGCUCCUGGAGGGCAACGAUUGGAUCCUCAGUGGAACUAGCAAUCAAUAGCACUACAUGUCACAUGGCAAAGGAGCAACAGCCUCCUUUUAAAUGGUACUUUAAUUUAUGUUUUCAGCAUUAUAAUUUUACUCUGAUGGUGGAGGUAUACGUGUCCUUCCAAAAUAACUCCCUGUUAGCGUGCAGGGGGUCAAAUAAAUGGUUUUAUUGACAGAUUUUCACAUCUGCUAAUCUUUUUCUUUUCCUUAUUGCUCUUUCAUACAGUUGAGAGACUUUUAAGAGACAGACGAUUGGCCAAAGUUUAAACUGCAGAGGCCAAGAUAUCCUUACAUUUAGUUCCUUGAACGAGUUAAGCUCCAACAAAACUUGAUCUGACAUUACUCAUAAUCAUAGCCUGUGUAUAAAAAUGGACGUAGUGACCAGGUUCGGAAGAUGAGGCCAAUGGAAGUGCCUAAAACCUGUGUUCUCUGGAAUGACCAAUAGAUGGCGAGUCCACUGGUUGCAAAAAGAAGUCAGUUACUAUAGAAGUCUAUGAGAAAUGUAUAAUGGAGCUAAACAUUUUUGAGAACUGCUAGUUCCAGGUAUAUAGUCCAACCUAUAGAAUGUUUUAUUAGACCCUCCAUUUUUGGGGAAAGAAACCAUGUUUGUAACUCAUGCUUUCUGAUACUAAAUCACAUCUAAACUCAAAUCGAGAUUGAACCCAAAGACAACUCUAAGACUAAGAAGACAAUACACAACUGUUUCCACAAGUUGUGUAUUGUUUAAAAUGGAUCUAAUCACACAGUUUGAGAGACUGGAGUCACAUUUGUUUAACUGUUUUCCUUUAUUGGCUAAAAUCUUGCCUGACAACAGACCAAACCUUUGUUCAAUAUCUACCAUUGUUUAGUAGCCAUUGUAUUGCAAUGUGAUCCAGCUCAAAUCCAGCUCUGGCAAAGAUUUCAAUUCUUUGCUCAAUUCUAAGGCUGGCCGUCAUCCAUGACUGGAAAAAAAUUACUCAACAUUAAAAACUUAGAUUUUUAAUUUUAAAAGAGGGUGGAGUAAACACUUGCUCACAACUCCGUGGAAAUGUCAUCAGAAUAAUUUUCCGUAUUUGCUUCCAGCAGUUUUAACAUAUGACAAAGUUAACCACACAGCCUGCAUAUUAGCUACAUGUGACAUUCAUCAUUAUUUAACUUUAUUUAUACACAAUAAAACACACUCUCUUCAUACUGUCUAAUAUAAUUAGCUGCUUAUAAUAAUUUAUUCAUUGUAUGCAAUAUUUUAAUCCACAAUAUGUAUCUGUCUUAUCUUGAUUUAAAGGACAGAGCAGAACAGGAAUCAGCUCAUUUUUUUGGGGCCCACUAGGCUGCCCCCUAGUGGUAAAAAUCAAUUUUUGAAAUGCAACCAUGUUUUCAAUUUUGGUGACAAGACCCUUAUUUGCAGUAAGCACGUGACCAAAUCCAGUUGAAGGUAUAUAAAAGAUCACACAUUUUUCACUGGCUUGUAGUCUGCUUUUACAAACUAAGCUGAAACACUCUGACCGCAGACUUGAAAUGAUCUGUGAGGUAGAGACAGGAAAUGGUAGCAGGAUGAUGAUGAUGAUGAUGAUGAUGAUGAUGAUGAUGAUGAUGAUGAUGAUGGUGGUGAGGGUUAUUGGGACACGGAUCUGACCGGUGGCCCACCAGCUUCCUCACCCCUGUGAGUCUGAACCCCUGAUGAAAAUGGUUGUAGCGUUGAAAUGUGAGGAAUAAAUAAUUCCCCCCUCUUCCUGUAACUGACAAUAAUAGGAGCAAGAGGCUGCUAACUUCUUUAGGAAUACAGCCAUAAGGAAAUGGACUGUAAUCUUUUUUUUUAUUCUUUUAUGAUGGGCUUAUGCAUUGUGAUUGCAUUAAAAUGACAAUUUUGGUUUUUCA